AUGGCCGCCUCAAAGACCCCAGCCGCAGCUGCCAGCGAAAUGCAGAACCGUACGCGCAAAGAGAAGAAAUUUGACGAGUUCGAGGCCACUCUGCCCGAUCCCAAGUCCCCCAAGUACGAGGUGGCGCGAGCAUCUCAAUCUGGACUCGGUAGCAUCUUCAAGAGGAUUGGCGAUCUUAAUCCAUUUGGAAAGGCCGUUACCAAGGAUGACACUGUCUGGCUCCUAGAUAAUACCGCCUUCCGCUCUUCACGCUUCCAGCCAUGGCAGGCUGAAUAUGUCGCUGCCGUCUUUGAACGAGACCCAUACUGCAAGGUAGCUGAUGUGGUAUCCAACAUCGCGCAUACCGUGGGGUUGGCAGACGAUGCGGCCGAAAGAGACACAAUCGAGGAGCGCAUCUUGCCUUUCCUAUGGGACAUCCGGAUGGUCAGAAUCGUCAAGCUGGAGAAUCAGGGGAAAGUUGUCAAGAUGACCCCAACGAACAUCAACGGCAUCUCCACGGAGGUCUUGAAAGUCCCUAGCGCAGACGCGGGACGUAUCAUCAAGACCUCGACAGUGGUCCCGCGGGGCGCAAAUGGCUUGCUUGAAGCCAAGACCGUCUACGCCGGUCCUGAAGGCUGGGGUAUCAUAAGUGAUAUCGACGAUACCAUCAAAGUGACAUUAACUAGCGAUCCCACCGGCAUCGUUGAAACGACUUUUGCUGAUGAGCCCACGCCGGUGUCUGGGAUGCCAGAGUUGUAUGCGCAAAUCAAGUCGCAUCUCCCCGAGGACACACCUUGGUUUUACUUGUCUGCCUCUCCGUACAACUUAUACCCUUUCCUGAGACAGUUCCGCGAGCAGUACUUCCCUCAUGGUACUCUCAUCUUGAGAGACUUCAGCUGGAAGACCAUCUCCGGGUUACUCUCGGCAUUGACUGUGGGCACUGAAGAGUACAAGACGGAUCGGAUGAAAAAAAUCAACUCAUGGCUGCCUCAGCGCAAGAUGGUGGCAAUUGGUGAUUCGACUCAGUCUGAUCCUGAGGCUUACGGCGAGAUCUACCGUCUAUUCCCGGGGUGGGUGAAGCUCAUUCUCAUCCGGAAAGUUGAGGACGUUGCGGCUGUUGGACUUGAGGAGAAGAAUGAGCCACAACGAUUCGAAACGGCAUUUGAAGGAAUACCCAGAGAGGCAUGGCACGUCUUCACCGACCCCAGCGAGUGCCUGCAGAUCAUCAAGGAUGCUGUCGCCAAGGAGGAUUGA